AUGCAUAAAGGGACAUCGCCAGACCAAUUCUUCCAAACCGACGCCGAACAAGCCAAGAGAGAAAGACGGGAGGCGAAAGCUGGCAAUAAAAAUGGAAACCCCGUUGUGUUGAAGUCAAAGUUAUUGGCUGCUAUACCGGAUCCUACUAGCCCCUCAUCCGUCCUCAUUGCGGAAUCUGCCGGCUCAGUCCGCAGGGUAAAUGUUGAUACAUCGGAUACGAAGCAGGUAUUUCGAGGACCAUCGGCACCAGUAACAUGUAUUUCCGUCGGCGGGUCUGGCAACAAAACACUAUUUGCCGGCUCUUGGGAUAAGGAUGUCUGGUCCUGGGACUUGUCGUCUAGGACUCCGGGCCGCAAAUAUAGUGGUCACACAGACUUCGUCAAAGCCGUCGUAUCGACGAAACUUGGUGGAAAGGACGUAUUAAUCAGCGGCGGCGCGGACAAGAAAAUCAUUGUCUGGGAUGUUGAGACAGGGUCUCGUCUUCAUCUACUACAAGACCUAGCUGUGUCGAUGAUGGCUGUUCAGGACCUUGUCAUUGAUCCAGUACAGUUUAGCCCUGAUGAGGUUAUACUCGUCAGCGCAAGUAGCGACCCUCAUAUCCGCCGAUGGCGAAUUCGACUGGAUGGCUUUGAACAGAUCAAAGAAACAUCGCCAGAUGAGCCUGGUGCUAUACGACACGCCAUAUUGGAGCAUGAUACUACGGUAUAUAAGCUGGUAUUCGAUAGUGAAGGUGAAGAAGUUGACCUAUGGACAUCAAGUGGAGAUGGCACAGCCAAGUGUCUAUCACGGAUCAAGGGCUUUGCUACCGACGAUUCUAUUAAUCACGGCGAUCACGUGAGAGCUGUCGCUGUGACUGAUCAAUGGAUAAUUACUGCUGGGAGAGACGAGGAUGUUAAGGUCUGGAAUCGCGCGUCGGGUAAGCUGUAUAGCACUCUCGAGGGCCAUUACGACGAGGUUACCGACCUAGUCAUCCUCGAAGGAGGUAGAAGGAUUGUUUCUGUGUCCAUCGAUGGUACCGUGCGGACAUGGUCACUUGACCAAGUUGAACUCGAUAAGAUCAACAAGGAGAAAGAAGACAAGGCUAAGGGGAUCGUGAAGGAAACUCCAGCUAAACAAGAGAAGGGGCUGAUGACAGUUGAGGAAGAAGCUGAACUCGCAGCAUUAAUGGAGGAUGAUGAUUAA